GCGCGUGCCUCUCCCCGCCCUCAGCAGGAGCAGGUUGCGUCAAACACGCUCCUCCUCACCCAUUUGCUGCUGUGCGCUUCCAUCUCCAUCACCGGAGCCCAAACAGGAUGGAGGCGCUGCUAAAUGAGUGGCUGUGGCAGGAGGAGUACUGGCUUCCCCCUGGCAUGCACUGGAAGGACAUCGAGGUAACGGAGAACGAGGGCCACUAUCCUCUACCCAGGGAUCUCAUCUACACCUUGCCACUGGCCUUCGCCUUUAUAGCCCUCAGAUAUGUCUUUGAGAGGCUCAUUGGUGUCCCAUUAAGCAAACAUUUAGGUGUGAAGGACCGGAUUCGGAUCCGAGCCGCCUCCAUCCCAAAGCUGGAGAUCUUCUACAAACAGAACAGUCGGCAACCAUCGCAAAGUGAGGUGGUGAGCUUGGUGAAGCAGUGUGGACUCUCCCAGAGAAAGAUCCAGACCUGGUUCAGACACAGAAGGAACCAGGACCGACCCAGCAACACCAAAAAAUGCUGUGAGGCCUCCUGGCGUUUUGUCUUCUACCUCGUAUCAUUCACUGCAGGGCUCGCCUCUUUAAUUAAUACUCCGUGGUUCUGGGAUCACAGAGAGUGUUGGAGGGGUUUUCCCAAACAGCCCGUGGCCGAGGCUCAUUACUGGUAUUACAUCUUGGAAAUGGGCUUCUAUUUGUCGCUGCUUCUGUGCGUCUCUGUGGACGUCAAGCGGAAAGACUUCAAGGAGCAAGUUAUUCAUCACAUCGCCACCAUAUUCCUCAUCGGUUUCUCCUACUGUGCCAACUAUGUGAGGGUUGGCACACUGGUGAUGCUAGUGCACGACUCUUCUGACUUCCUUCUCGAGUCUGCCAAGAUGUUUCACUACGCUGGCUGGACGAGGACGUGCGACUCGCUGUUUGUUGUCUUCUCUUUGGUCUUCCUGGUGACGAGGCUGGUGGUGUUUCCUGGCAGAAUUGUCCACACAACCUUGGUGGUGUCUCUAGAAUUCUUCCAGCCCUUCUUUGGUUAUUAUUUCUUCAACAGCCUUCUGUUAGUGCUGCAAGCCCUGCACAUCUUCUGGGCUUAUCUCAUCCUGCGCAUGGUCUACAAGUUUGUCUUCAUGGGCAAGGUGGAGCGUGAUGAACGUAGUGAUGAGGAAAGUGAGGUGGACGAUGAAGAGGAGGAGCCCGAAGAGGAAGGAGACGAGUGCAGCUGGGAGCAAAGAAAAGGCGCCAUCAACUCCAAACUGGCAUCACUGGCAAACAACUGUGUCCUGAAUAACCUGACCAACCAGAGGAAUAUUAACAGCCGACUGCCCAAAGCCAGAUAAUGGAGCAGCCUCCUCAAGCGUCGACCGAUCCUUAACGGAAAAAUAAGUUAUUUCCCCCCCACCGCCUAUUUGGAGAUUAACUCAUUCCUGGCAUAUACAUACAUACUUGUUGUCCAUCCAGCACGGUCCACUGAUGAUUUCAGAUCAGGCUAGGUCUGCAUCCUGCUUUUCUUCACAAAAAAAGGGCGAAGAAGCACAGAUGAUUGUAAAUCUUUACACUCUGUGAGAUUCAGAAGAAAUGCCAUUGUUGCUGUCACCCACACUACGGCAUACUGUAAAGAUAUAUUUGGCAAAACAUGGAGACUUCCUUUACAAAAAAUCAUUCAUGUUAUUUUUGCAAAUUUUGUAUUUAUGCUGUUUUCUUUUUGUUGUAAUAUAAUAACUUUUUGUAAAUAUAUGAGGAUACAAGUACCUGAACUGUUCCAUAAUGCAUUUAUCUUUUCUUUGCUCCAUUUUUUUUACACAAAAUCUAACUGUUUUAAUCCAACAUUUGGUAAAAUAUGUUUUAAAACGGAGCAAGCUAAAGCUAGAAUUUAAUUCACUCCCACAUAUACACACUUUGGAUGAUUGUACAUAGGCUAUUAAGGACAUUGAUUGUAGUAAAUCUGUUGAUAAACCACUUUAUACAUCUAUUUUGUAUUAAUCAUUUACUCAGCAGGUCAUUUUUAUGUUUUUGCAAUCAUGUGGCAGAUUCUUAAAGGCUCCUGCAGAAAUCCCUUAGUGAUGAUAAAAUUAUAUUUUUCUGCGAUAUUAUUUGAUUUUGUCCAUUAGGUCACUUCUUAGAAGAGACAUGGUGCCCCCUGGUGCACAAAGAAGAACACGUCCCUGUAGAAGAAAGCUCUCCCCAUGUCUGCUAAAACAAUGCCUUUACAAAAACUGUACUGCUUUUAGAAAAAUUGAUUUAAACUGUAUAUGUGUGUGAGUGUGUGUGCGUUUUGUUUCUUUUUCUACUUUUAAUAUCAUUGUGACAGGCAGCAUGGUUUCUCAAUGAGUUUUUUGUUAAGGUUUGCUCUACUGGACUUUAGUUUUGUGCCUUGACUGCUGUUUUUACACUGUUCUGUGACAAACACUUGAUAUUACGCUGUGUGAGAGUAGGAAUACCUUCACUGGACAGCUUUUACUUCAACUGGUUUUAAUGUUUUGCUUGAAAUGUUGGUGAGGCUGGUAGUGAAUAGGUAAGCCAUGAAAAGUACAUGCACACAGAUGGGCAUUACUGAAAUGUGAGAUAUUUUAGAUAGCAGAGUUGUCAACAAAGGUCAAAAUGCUUUAUGGCUCACAUGAAAUGUAAAGAUUUGACUUGAAUGAUUUUUUAUAAAAGUUAAUGGCAUAUUUUAUAUGAUGAGACUGGGCUCUUCUACUUUAUUAGGAACCAGAGGUCAUUUGGAUUUUACAUCUGUUUAAACAGUAAACAACACGUCUGUAAACUCUUUCCAGGCUCGGCUCCAGAUGGGUCAUUAUGAUUGACAACAGUGCUGCACAGAGAUAUUGUUCAUUAACUUGAGUACACUCAUACACUGCAGGUCGUUCACCACUAAAAACAGCUGUUGCAUUUUCACAGGUAGUAAGGACUACUCAUAAAUUAUUGGUUCCAGGGACUUAAUAGCACUGCGGCCCACAACAUAAGGUGGGAUUUUAAGUGAUCACGUUGUAGAGCACUAAAAGGGCUGAUCCACUGAAUAUCACACUCAUGAUUCCCACUAGAAUAUUCUUCUUUUUUUUUAAAAAAAAAAAAAGAAAGAAAACCAGGAGAAACGUCAAGUUUCCAUGAAAGCAACACUUGACUGUUCCUUUAUGAAUGCACAUGGAUACUUUGUUGAUUGUGUGGCCAGUUGGAAAGUUUUAAUAAAUAACUUCUACUAAAUUAAA